CCUUUCAAAACAUGGCGACACCACAGAAUGAAUUAAAAGUGAAUCUGUCAGAAGAACUGUCGUCGAAGGAAAAAGAAAAUGGAUCAAUUUCUUGCGAGGAGAAGAUUGCUGUUGUAGAGGAUAACAUUGAUACAGAAUCGUGUUCAAAUAAGAUGAAUUUAGACAGGAUUGAUGAUGCGAAUGAAUUGUUGAAGAAUGCUGAAUCAGAAUUCUUAGAAUGUACCGACAAAAAUAUGUUUGAUCAAAAGUGUGAAGGAGAGAAAAACAGUAGCAUAGGUAGCGCCGUUAGCGGCGCUGUGAGAACAGGAGAAGAUUGCUGUAGCAACACCGGCUCAGUUGAGGAUAAUGAUUUGGAUAAAAUUAGGAAAAACAAUCAAGUGUCUAUGUCAAGGGAUAGGAAAGUGAAUGAGACAUUAUUAGAGGAAGAUGAGAUAGGGUGUUCUGGGGAUGAACAGGAGCAUUAUGAGUCUGCAGAAGAAGAACAUUUAACACCAGAAGAAGCUAAGGAAAGAAUGAAUGAGGCUUUAGAACUCAAAAAGGAGGGAAAUGAUCAUUUCAGAAAACAAGAGUAUUUUGAAGGUAAAGAACUGUAUACCAAAGCUAUCAAACGAUGCCCUAAGGAAUUCACAGAAAACAGAUCAAUAUUUUAUGCAAAUCGAGCAGCGUGCUUUCAGAAACUGGAAGACUAUGAAAAUGCUAUUAGUGACUGCAGCUCAGCACUGGAACUUUCUCCAAGCUACGUCAAGGCGCGACUAAGAAGAGCACAAUGUUAUGAACAGGUUGAAAAGCUCGAGGAAGCUUUAGAAGAUUACAAGAUUGUGUUUGAAAGUGAUAAAUCUUGUCAGCCCGCGAGAGAAGCUAUUAUGAGAUUGCCGGAAGAAAUAAAAAUAAAACACGAGAAGUUAAAAGAAGAAAUGAUAGGCAAAUUAAAAGACCUUGGUAACAUGGUGCUUCGCCCGUUCGGUCUUUCAACAGAUAACUUUAAGCUGCAACAGGACCCAAAUUCGGGAGGAUAUUCAAUAAAUUUUCAGAAAUAACAUAUUCUAAUGAAAUAGAAACAUGCCAGGUAAUUAAUUGUUCAGAGGAGGUCGAAUGCUGGCGGUCGACCAUUUCAAGAAAUCGUAUAUAUCUCUGCCUAAUCGCAUAUACUAAUCUUUUGCGAAGCGUUGAAUACUGGAUCUGCGAAAAGACAUUGCUAACUAUGGUUACGUCAGUGUGACCCACGGACGG